CGGCACAGAUUCAAUGCACCUUGUCCGUGCUUUAGCCAUCUAAUUUCUGUAUCUGGCCCAACCAGGAAAUCAUAACCGAAGGCAAAUGAAAAUCUAACUUUAAACACAUUCACUAGUUUAACAAACAUUACUCCCCUUGGUGCAUGCAUUUCUCUCUAUUUUAUUUAUUACUUCAUUUCUGCACCCACCUCUUUAUUUAUUGCUCUUUAUCAGAUUGCUUCAGCUUGCGCUUCUUCAUCACUUCCUUCUUGCUGAAAGGCCUUUUAUAUGGACCUAAAACCUACUUUUGGCAUCGGAGAUGAAAGUUCAGCACUUACAGUUCGUCACGAGUUCUGGCCUGUUGAGGAAAUUAAUCCAAAGAAUGCCAAGUUUCCUUGUUGUUUAGUAUGGACUCCUUUGCCUGUAGUCUCAUGGUUGGCGCCGUUUAUUGGACAUGUUGGCAUAUGCAAGGAAGAUGGAUCUAUCAUAGAUUUUUCUGGAUCAAACCUUCUUAAUGUUGAUGACUUUGCAUAUGGUUCUGUAGCAAGAUACAUUCAACUUGACAGAGAGAAGUGCUGCUUCCCUCCAAAUCUCGCUGCUCAUACUUGCAAGCAUCGUUACAGCCACACACAAUAUGGAAGUACAAUGACUUGGGAUGAUGCCAUUCAGUCAAGUGUUCGACAAUUUGAGCACAAAUCUUAUAACCUCUUCACAUGUAAUUGCCAUUCAUUUGUUGCCAAUUGUCUAAAUCGGCUUUGUUAUGAUGAUUCAUUAAGUUGGAACAUGAUUAAUGUAGCAGCUCUCCUUUUGUUUAAGGGGCAGUGGGUAGACACUUUAUCCGUCGUAAGAUCAUUCUUCCCUGUUAUAUUGAUGCUUUGCCUGGGAGUUAGUGUGGUCGGAUGGCCUUUCUUGAUAGGGCUGAUAUCAUUUUCUGUUCUCCUUAUGUGUUGGUUUGUUUUGGGUACUUAUUAUGUCAAAAGUCUCUUUGAAUGCUAGAUUCCUGGUGUGUUGAUGCUUAUGACUGAUGAAAACAGAAAGAUUAUGUUCGUAUCACUUGCUUAUAUGAGCUUUUCUCAUGGCGUGCCACUAGUUCAAAUUGAAUUAUUUGAUGAAGAUUAACACUU